AUGAUCAAAGACUCACAUAAAAGGCCACCUGGGUUCUUUGAACGCCAAUAUAUUUGCAGAAACACGAAAGAUUAUUGGGGGAAUUUCAACAUCACAGUUCAAUACAGUAGUCGCAUCUCACAAAAUCUCUUAUCAAAUGCUUUAAGGAACGUAAUCUUAGGAAACCAAAAUUUUGUCUUGAAUUUCUUCAGACUUAGUAGCUAUUCAGCUGAAGAUGAUCACGUAGCUAACGGUUUUAAUUAUGAAGUAAGGCCAAUUCAAAGAAUUUUAUUUAGUGACGUUGUAGCAUUUGAGACCAUAGAUGGCCACCUUGAUGAUGAAUGUUUUGUGAAGAUGAAUCAAUUUAGGUGCCACAUGAAUGUAGACACAAGUCCGCUAUGGAGGGUUAUCUUAUGGGAGUCCAAUGACGAAUCUAGUACCCAAUACUUAUCUUUUUAUUGUGACCAUGCACUUUUCGAUGGAACAUCUGGGGUACAAUUCCACAGAGACUUGAUUGAAGAAUUGGCCAGACUUUCCAUGGAUGAAGGUCAUUUGAGUUUCAAAGAGACGUUAUUUGAAUACGAAUUGGAUCAUAGUUACCUUCCAGAUCCACUUGGCGAUGCCUUAGAAAAUAAGAUUGAUUUAUACCACAGACCUCUCAUUCAGAAAGUCAUCUUGUGGUUUCAGAAAAGUACUUCGCUUGUACGUGGAAAACUACUUGCAAUUGGCACUUCCCUUUCCAGAUUUCUCAGGCUGGUGUUUGGUUUCACGGAUUAUUCUCUUAUUGAUGAUAAUGGGGAAAACAAACUAUUUAGAUAUAAGCCUGGAACUGUUGGCCUCAUCCACAAAUAUAAAAUAAUUAAUUUUCUGCCCAAAGAAACUUCUGAUGUGUUAAGGUUCUGCAAAUCAGAAGGAGUUACGUUGACCCCUUUCAUUUUGAUAAUCGCAACAAGGAGUUUGGAAAAAACAAUAUUUGCAGAUAUCAAUGUACUUAACAAUGGAAAGGAAACUGCUACUGAAAGAUAUAGUACUGUUUCCAAAAUCAGCAUCAAUGGCAGAAGACACUAUUCAGCCGAGGUGAAUAAAGAGAAGAACUUGAAAUAUGGUGUUUGUGUUGCAACUACUCCUAUCCCUUUACCUUCACUAGCAGACACUGAUGAUGGGAAAUUAUUAAGAGUAAUUAAGAAGUUAUCAUCAGACGUCUUAUCUUAUGCCGUUUAUAGAAAUUGUUUCUGGAAUUUUGGGGACUACUUGAAAACGGCAAAUUUUUGGGACUCUUUCAAGAGCCAAAUAGGUAAUUUCACAAGAGACACACUUUAUACAUCAAAUUUGGGUUUCGUUAAUAUAGAGAAAAUUGAUGCAUGGGAAGUGAAAAACAUCUGGUUCACACAAUCGAACGGACUUGUAUAUCACUUUGUCUUCAGUGUUGUCAGCAGUCUAUCCGGCGGAUUGAAUAUUGGCUUAGGUUAUCUACCUGAGUUUGAUGAAGUAGAGGGUUCAGUGGAUGGAUUUGUUCGCACUUUUAAGGAGGAUAUGCUAAAUUUCAAGAGUCAUGCGUAA